UUAUAAAGUUCUGCCCUUGUGAUCCGGGGGCAUAAUAAUUGCACGACCCCAACUCAACAGACGUUCUCCUACUUUACUCCUCUCAAACAAAGAGGCAAAAAAAUAUUUAGAAUCGAGAGAGAGAGAGACGAUGGAGAGAAAGGCUGUGGUGAUAUGCAGUGUUGUGGGGUUCUUGGGGCUAUUAUCAGCCGCUACUGGUUUUGGUGCAGAAGGUACAAGGAUUAAGGGUUCUCAGGUUCAGUUUCCUUCUGCUUCUGAAUGUGUAUACCCUCGGAGUCCAGCUAUGGCUCUUGGUUCAAUUGCAGCACUGGCUCUUAUGAUAGCUCAAAUAAUUAUAAAUGCUUCAACUGGGUGCAUGUGUUGCAAAAGAAGUCCUCAUCCUUCUAACUCUAAUUGGAGAAUAGCACUGGUCUGCUUUGUGCUUUCCUGGUUCACAUUUGUCAUAGCGUUUCUUUUGUUGCUGACUGGUGCUGCACUCAAUGAUCAACAUGGUGAAGAAAGCAUGUACUUUGGCAACUACUCUUGCUAUGUUGUGAAACCUGGAGUCUUUGCUGGAGGUGCCCUUCUGUCCCUUGCAAGUGUGAUUCUUGGUCUUAUCUAUUAUCUCAGCAUGACUUCGGCAAAGAACAGUAACGAGCCAUUGGGCAACCCUUCUGUUCCUAAUCAAGGAGUGCAAGGAGGGAUAGCCAUGGGACAACCUCAGUUCCCACCACAAAGUACCCAAGAUCCUGUCUUUGUACAUGAAGACACCUAUAUCAGACGACAGUUUACGUGAUCGGUAAUUUUUUUGUUCAAACAGCAUCCAGUGAAUUGUUUUCCUACUAUCAGAUGACAAUAUGCUGCAAAUCAUUUAAUAUUUUUUUUCAGUAGUUGGGGUUUCUUAGGCUGUAUAUCUUAAGAAGUAAAAACGCACUAUAUUUCGACAUGAGUUGAAUGGAUCAAAGGUUAAGAAAUA